AGAGGGAAACCCUGUCUCAACCACCCUCCGCACCAAAAAAAGAAUGAAUUUCUACAAACGUCCUGUGCUGAGCUUCAGUCUGCUCUCAGGGUGGGACGGGAUUUCCUCACAUCUCUGGGAGAAGAGAAGGCUGUGGCCACCUGGGGGGCCCAGGGUGGUGGGUCUGGCAUGUGGUGACAUAGCUAAGAGAGCAGGUACUGGAAGUUCUAAGAGGUGCUUAGACAAGAGCUGGUGCCGGGCCACAGAUGCCCAGCCCAGUGGGGCCAUUCCACAGCAGAUAAAGCUCAGGACGUCAAAAACACCCUGGACACCAAGGCAGAAACCAAGGACCUUCCGCAGGCAAAUAAGCACCCAGCAUCCAUUCCGGCUGUCAGUGCCCCUGUAUCUUGUAGUUAUUCUUUCAAUAAUAACAAAAGCCGUUUAUGGAUUCCAUCUAGAAGGAAAACCUUGUUUCAGUCACCUCUCUCUGGCUGUUACUUUCCUUCCACCUUCUCCCUCCCUAGAAUGUGUGUGCCUGGCCUAUCCUCCCUGGGCCAUAGCUGUGGCGCAUGUUGCACACGUGCACAGGCACGAGGAUGUCUUUGGGUCCCUUGCCCUGCAGUUUCCAGGGAUCUCUGCUCCGAGUUCCCGAGCAGGCCCCUCAGGGAGAAAUAGCCUCACAUGGAAUAUGGGUGUCUCAGCGGCCCGUCUGGAAGGGCUGCGGCAGUUCCCCCAUGUCUCCAGGUAGCCACUUACCUCUCGAGCUUAGACACCUUUGCACAUGGUUGCAUUUCUUUAGUCAACUGUGGGUCUUUCGGUGUGGGUUUGAUUUUGCUUUUGCUUUUCUAGGUGAGAUUUCCCAACUGCAUCCUCAGAAGCUCUGGGCAUGCCAGAGGACCCCCAGAACCAAGAAGGGAGGGUGAGUGGGUCUCCAUUCCCUGAGAAGCCAGGGGCAGAGUGGGAUGGGGGAGACCAGGAGCAGAGUUGAGCAUCACAGAAGCCAACACAGGUCUCUGUUCAGCACCCGUGCCAGGGCUGCGGGCCCAGGGAAACAGCCCCAUUUCAUCACAGCCCCUCUCAGGGCCUCAAGAUGGCUGGCGCGGGCUGCUGGCAGGAGAGGGAUGUCCUGUCCCUGGCGGCCACUCCACAGAGAGUACCCCAGCAUCUGCCACUGCCUUCGCCCUUGCUUUGACCUUGAAGUUAACUCUCUUAGAGUCUAACUUUGGUUCAUUUCUGCAUAGAUACAAUA